AUGGCGCUCUUCAUUCUGUCAUUGCUCUUUCUCAUUCGUUCCGUGUCGGGCUGCCUUACCCAAAACGAAACGGGUAGCGAAACCUACGUUUAUGAUCGCAGCCAUGUUUUUGGCAGAGUUCCCAGACAUCCCGUGAGUACAACUGACCGAUUUGCUGGUGGAACUAUCGCUCCAAGAGGUCUUGGAUCUCAGCCAGGUGGCACUGUGAUCAGCAGUGUCAUGAACGUUGAUGAGAUUACCUCCGCCGUCAAAGGCCUUGCCAAUGAAUUUGGCUUAGAAGUCUUCAAUAUGCCCGAAGCCACCCAUGAGGGUCGCCAGAUGCUCGGAGUGAAGAUUCCCAAUGGGCUUAGCUGCGAUGCAUCUUUCCGCGUGUUUCUAGAGGCUGGGAUUCAUGCUCGAGAGCGUGGCGGGCCCGACGGCCUCAUAUACUUCAUUUCAGACCUUCUCUGGGCUCAGCGGGAGGGUACAGGCUUGACAUAUGGGGGCAAGGAGUACACCAAUGGCGAUGUUAAGACUGCCCUAUCCACUGGCAUCGUCUUCCUUCCUCUUGUCAAUCCCGACGGUGUCCGCUAUGACCAAACAACAGAUUCUUGUUGGCGGAAGAAUCGCAAUCCCACCAACCCUGUUGACCUCAACCGCAACUUUGACUUUCUCUGGGAUGUGAACACGGCGUUUUAUCCCGGCAUUUCUAGUACGACAGGGACGUCCAAUGUCAACGCGGAGACAUAUCAUGGCACAGCCCCCUUUUCUGAACCAGAGACUCGCAAUGUCAGAUGGGCCAUGGAUAAAUUCACCAAGCUUCGCUGGUUUGUUGAUCUACACUCCUUCUCAGGGCUCGUCUUGUAUCCCUGGGGAUCAGACCAAAACCAAGCGUUUGACCCAAGCCAAACAUUCACCAAUCCUGCCUACAAUGGAAAGAGAGGCAAGAUCCCAGACACUCCCGGCUUGGAGUACAGAGAAUACAUUCCAUUCCCCGACUGGGACGCAUCAAUCAUAGCUGCAACCCAUGUCGCAAGUGGGAUGGCAGGAGUUGCAAAUCCUCCUCGGCAUUACGAUGCCAAGGAGUCCAACAGCUUGUACCCAACAUCGGGUUCGGCGGACGACUACGCUUUCUCGCGGCACAUUGUCAAUAGUGCCAAGAGCUUGAUCUACGGCUUCACGAUCGAAUUCGGGUUCCCGGAAGCGCCGUGCGAGUUCUACCCAACCACGGACAACUUCCACCUGAACACUCGUGAGAUUGGCGCUGGAUACAUGGAGUUUCUCCUCACGGCUGCACGCCAGGGUCUCGGUAGCGCACGGGAAUGUCCAACAGGGCCCAACCCGACGUGCGCUCCAACCUGCACGCCUGGCCUUCCUAUCCAAUGCGGCGGUCGAGCCACCUGCGAGAUAUUCAAUCCAACCAACGGGGCUCCGAACUUUGGCAAUGCAUACUGCUUCUGUCAGGCCGGGUAUAAGGCGUCAGGGGUGAGCAAUACGGACACAAGCAAGCAGUAUCAUGUCUCGUGGGUGAAUUCGUUUGGGGACCAGACGCACCGUGUUAUGGUACGCCCUGGACAGGAUUGCUGGGAUGUGUGUAGCGACAAUCGAUGUACCGAGGUUCUCACCAACGAUGCUUGCCGUUGA